GAAAAUGAAGUGUAAGUUAAUAUUUGAAGAGUUGAUUUUUGUAAUUUAAGUUUCAACGUGAAUCAUAAGGCUUUACACUUUCAAGAUAACAAGAUAUGUACAUUUUAGUGACCAAAAGUGCCCUACAAACACAAUUUUAGCUGGAAGAACAAAAUGGCUGAUUGAAAAGCAGCAAUGGUUUUUGCUGUGUCGGGUGACGCUAAAAAAUGAAAAAUCUGAGCAUUUUGGGUGGAUUCACUCGUUCAAUCCAGAGAAGUAUGGCCUGCUCAGUUGCUGGACUUGUCCACAGUACUCGUCAUUCCUUCUCCACUUUGCGAGAGGACCCAGAAAUGGACCAACUGAUGGAAUUUUUGGAGAAUCUGAAGAACUUCGAGAAGUCAGGGGUUCCCAAAGGCGCAGGAACAGAUUCGGAAGAUGGCUUUGAUCUAGGAAGAAUGAGACGCUUGAUGGGACUCUUGGGUAAUCCCCAAUCUAUGUUUAAGACUGUUCAUAUUGCUGGAACAAAAGGGAAAGGAUCAACAGCUGCAUUCCUGUCAAGUAUACUGCGGGCAGAAGGCUAUUCUGUUGGUUGCUAUACUAGUCCGCAUGUACAAACUAUCAGGGAACGCAUAACUUUUGGAAGAUGGGGUGAGCUAGUAUCAGCGAAGAAAUUGAAUCAUCAUUUCAAUACAAGGAGGGAAAUUCUUGAAAGAGCAGUGAAACUUGAGAAUGGUUGUCUCAGUCAUUUUGAGGUUUUUACUGCUAUUGCAUUCAGCCUAUUUGCUGAAGAAAAUACUGAAAUUGCAGUUGUGGAG